GCUACGAGCCAGCUUCUGCUGGAGACGGACUGGGAAUCCAUCCUGCAGAUCUGCGACAUGAUCCGUCAGGGAGAUACCCAAGCAAAAUAUGCCGUCAGUGCUAUCAAGAAGAAAGUCAAUGACAAGAAUCCCCACGUGGCACUCUACGCACUGGAGGUCAUGGAGUCGGUGGUUAAAAACUGUGGCCAAACAGUCCACGAUGAGGUGGCCAAUAAACAGACUAUGGAGGAACUGAAGGAAAUACUAAAGAGGCAAGUGGAGACAAGUGUCCGCAGUAAGAUCCUGUACCUUAUCCAGGCCUGGGCUCACGCCUUCCGCAAUGAGCCCAAGUACAAGGUGGUGCAGGACACCUAUCAGAUAAUGAAGGUUGAAGGUCACGUGUUCCCGGAGUUCAAAGAGAGCGAUGCCAUGUUCGCUGCAGAAAGGGCUCCAGACUGGGUCGAUGCCGAGGAGUGUCACAGAUGUCGAGUGCAGUUUGGCGUUGUGACGCGGAAGCAUCAUUGCAGGGCCUGCGGGCAGAUUUUCUGUGGCAAAUGCUCCUCCAAGUAUUCCACCAUCCCCAAGUUCGGAAUUGAGAAGGAAGUGAGAGUCUGUGAGCCCUGUUACGAGCAUCUCAACAAGAAAGCUGAGGGUAAAGCUGCUGCCACCUCUGAACUGCCCCCCGAGUACCUGACCAGCCCUCUCUCUCAGCAGUCCCAGCUGCCUCCAAAGCGUGAUGAGACGGCUCUGCAAGAGGAGGAGGAGCUCCAGCUAGCUAUUGCCUUGUCUCAGUCAGAGGCCGAGGAGAAGGAGAGAAUGAGGCAGAAAACAACCUACUCCAUGUACCCGAAGGCUGAGCCCACACCCGUCACCUCAUCAGCCCCCCCGGUCAGCACGCUCUAUUCCCCACCUGUGAAUUCCUCUGCUCCCUUGGCUGAGGACAUUGACCCGGAGCUGGCUCGGUACCUGAACCGCAACUACUGGGAGAAGAAACAAGAGGAAGUUCGCAAGAGCCCCACCCCGUCAGCACCUCUGUCCCUCACAGAGCCAGCUGCUCAGCCUGGGGAAGGCCACCCCGCCCCGCUCGGUGUUGUUGAGCAGCAGUACCAGAACGGCGAGUCUGAGGAGAACCAUGAGCAGUUCCUGAAGGCGCUGCAGAAUGCGGUCACCACGUUUGUCAACCGCAUGAAGAGCAACCACAUGCGGGGCCGCAGCAUCACCAAUGACUCUGCCGUAUUGUCCCUCUUCCAGUCCAUCAACAACAUGCACCCCCAGCUGCUGGAGCUGCUCAACCAGCUGGAUGAGCGCAGGCUGUACUACGAAGGCCUGCAGGACAAACUGGCCCAGAUUCGGGAUGCACGUGGGGCUCUGAACGCGCUGCGGGAGGAGCAUCGGGAGAAGCUGCGCCGUGCAGCGGAGGAGGCAGAGCGCCAGCGCCAGAUCCAGCUGGCCCAGAAGCUGGAGAUCAUGAGGCAGAAGAAGCAGGAGUACCUGGAGAUGCAGCGCCAGUUGGCCAUCCAGCGACUGCAGGAGCAGGAGAAGGAGAGGCAGAUGCGCCUGGAACAGCAGAAGCAGACCAUCCAGAUGAGAGCCCAGAUGCCAGCCUUCUCUCUGCCUUAUGCCCAACUCCAGGCCAUGCCCGCAGCCAGUGGGGUGAUCUACCAGCCCUCGGGGCCCACCAGCUUCCCUGGCACCUUCAGCCCGGCCAGCUCCGUGGAGGGCUCUCCCAUGCACAGCGUAUACAUGAACCAGGCAGCGCAAGGGGGCACGGGGCCGUACACCGCAAUGCCCGUCACAGGGACAGAUCCCAGCAUGGUGAACGCCUACAUGUACCAGCCGGGGGCGGGCAGCGGGCAGGCGGCUCAGCAGGGGCAGGCAGUGCCCACCACCACCCCGGCGUACUCGUCCUACCAGCCAACUCCAACGCAGGGCUACCAGAGCGCAGCCUCGCAGUCGCAGAGCAUCCCGGCCAUCUCUCAGGCCCCCCAGUCAGGCGCCAUGGGCUACAUGGGCAGCCAGUCGGUCUCCAUGGGGUACCAGCCCUAUGGCAUGCAGGGCCUCAUGUCUGCCCUGCCUGGUCAGGAAGCCGCGCUGAGCAGCCUGCCAGCCCAGCAGUCCUACCUGCCCGGGCAGCAGCCCCUCUACCAACAUGCAUGUUUGCUAACGAAGCCACCUCAUCUGUUGCAGAUGGCACCUGCUGGGGGGCCCCCCCAGCAGCAACAGCCCCAGCCAGCGCCCGCCCCCGUGCAGCAGCCCCAGGGCAGCGGAGAGGCCCAGCUCAUCUCGUUUGACUGAUCUCCGCCGCAGGGAGCUGGGGGGCGGGGGGAGGGAUCCCGUGUAACACUACUCUUCAUCCGGAAUCACUUCUCUACUUCAACUACUCGUCCUGCCCUCUCAGCCCCCUCCGCAUCUGUCCCUGGCCUGGGGGACGUGGGACCACAGGCUCCCAGCAUCGGCUCCGCGGACCCAGCAGCAGGAGAGCAGCCUCCCACCCCGCUCCCUGGGGCCGCUUUCCUGCCUCGCCCCGCCCUGGCUCACCCGCGCCCCUCUGCCCUGGAAGCCUGCGGCCCCCGGGGCCGGGCAGGCGCCGGCCGGGA